CCAUCCUGCACCGUCAUGGUGCUCGCUCCGGAUGCAGUUGUCAUGGAGAUGGGAGAGAGCUCGGCGUCCGCUGCCGGCGCUGUUACCAUGGAGACCUCCGGCUCGGCGGAGCGGGCAGAACCGGACCGGAUCGACGUCCCGGCGGUCCGGAACAGAAACUACCGGGUGCUGAUCGCGAUCGGAGAGAUUUCCACAGACUAUCACCUGGAAGCGGCGCGGAGUCAGAUCACAGGAGGUCUGCUUUCCUGGAACGUUGACCUGUCUGUCUGCGACCUGAAUAAGGAGCUACAGCUGUUCAGGAACAGACACACCGCUCAGUUUUCUCCUCAGGUCAAAGGUCAGAGAACGCUGCGGUACCAGAGCGACGUCCUGCAGACGGUGGUGCUGGUGAACCCGGCACAGGAGGCGGUUUCUCUAGAGACAACUGCUCUGAUCACUGACACUGCUACUAAUAAGUUGCUAAUUCUGAGCGGCCAGAGCUCCGACCAGGGAGGCGAUAUUCUUCUGCAAAGUGGAGUCUUCGGUUGGCAACAGUUUUCUGACAUAAUCUCCAACCCUCAAGUUAUUGAAGUCUUGUCCAGGGCCUCCUCGCAGCUGCUGUCCAGGCUUACUGUUUCCUGUCAGGGAGACGGGGGCUGGAGCUCCCUGGGCCAAGGCCAGGAGCAGCAGCCACUGCUUAAUAUUCUCGAGUAUUGCUUAAACCCAGAGCCCCAACUCCCCAAAAUGGACGGGGUCACAGAGUUCACAGAGUAUGUCUCGGAAACGGUGGAUGUACCAUCACCCUUUGAGCUUCUGGAGCCGCCGACCUCCGGUGGGUUUCUAAAGCUGUCCAAACCCUGCUGCUACAUAUUCCCUGGAGGCAGGGGGGACUCAGCUCUGUUCGCCGUCAAUGGAUUCAACAUCCUGGUGGACGGCGGGUCAGAGAGGAAGUCCUGCUUCUGGAAACUAGUUCGACACCUAGACAGGAUCGAUUCCGUCCUGCUCACCCACAUUGGUGCAGACAACCUACCGGGCAUAAAUGGGCUGUUCCAGAGAAAAAUUGCAGAGCAGGAGGAAGAGAAAAACCAAGGGAGUGGCUCCAGUAGUAAUGGUGACUGGAUGAAGAACUUGAUCUCCCCUGAACUUGGGAUUGUAUUUUUCAACGUCCCAGAGAAGCUAAAGAUGCCGGAGUCUACUCUCAAGGUAAAGCGGAGCAUUGAAGAGGCAUCUCUCACUCUGCAGUACCUUAAUAAGCUUGGCAUCACUCCUGAACCUCUUCACAGGAUAGUCAGUAACACUAUUGAACCAAUAACACUGUUCCACAAACUUGGUGUGGGAAAGUUAGACAUGUACGUCUUAAACCCUGUGAAGGAAAGCAAAGAAAUGCAGUUUCUGAUGCAAAAAUGGGCAGGGAAUAGCAAAGCCAAGACAGGAAUCAUGAUGCCCAACGGGAAGGAGGGAGAAAUAUCUGUGCCCUAUUUAACGUCAGUCACUGCUCUAAUUGUUUGGAUCCCACAUCGACCCACAGAAAAGAUAGUGCGUGUGCUGUUUCCUGGAAAUGCACCACAAAAUAAAAUUUUUGAGGGGCUUGAGAAGUUGAAACAUCUGGACUUCCUGCGAUACCCAGUGGCCACUCAAAAAGACAUAUCAUCUGGCGCGCCACCUCCAAUCAUCAAGCAAACUAAAAUAAGGUCCAGAACAGAGAGCAAAGAGAGUCUCAAAUCUUCACCUAAACCCCAUGCUAAAGCAUCUAAGAAAGAAGCCAGCAGGCAGGAGGAAGAGUCAAGAAGUGACGCCACUAAAGAGAAUAAAGUUGAAAAGAAAGAAGAGAAGAAGCCUAAAAGUAAUAAUUUAAAAGCCACCAAACAGCAGAAAAACAGCGAAGUGGCUCCUGGAACCGAGAAGACUGCAAAAAAGAAAAUUUCCAAGGAAAAAUCUUCAAAACAAGAGAAAGCAUCUAAAAUGGAUGAAAAGAAAGACAAAGAGAAAAAAGACACCAAGAAAGAAAAGGUAAAGAAAGAUGAAAAAAUAAGAAAGGAAGACAAAAAAGAGAGUAAAGCAAAGGAAGACAAGAAGAAGGAGCCAAGUAAACCAGAGCUUAGAAAAAUCACCAAACCCGACCUGAAGCCGCUCACCCCUGAAGUGAGAAAAACGCUGCACAAGGCCAAGAGCCAGGCAAAAUCCAAAACUGAUAAAAAUAAGGCUGCCAAAGAGGAAACAAAUGGGAAAAAGCCUGUUCCAAAGAACAUCUUGGAUGAGGUUGCAGCGGCAGCUUUGGCUGACAGGUCCAUUGUCUCCUCACCUGAGGACCUCACUGAGGACUUUGAGGCACUCAAACAAGAGGAGAUGUCCAUCCAGAAGACUGGAUCUGUCCAGAAUGAUGCGAUGCCUGAACCCCCAGCACACCUAGACACUAAGGUUUCUCCUCAAGCUGUAACAAGUGAGAAACUAACAUCCUCAACCACUGAGAUAAAGCCUACUGGAUCUAAAUCCCCUGUCAUCCAAGAAGACAAAAAUGACAAACAAGUUACUGCUUCUCAACUAAAAGAUGUGAGUCAUGGCUUUGACAAGAAGUAUGAGGAGGAGAAAAUGGAGAAAUAUGACUUUUUAAAAGAAAAUGUGACUGACAGAUCAAAGAAAAGUGAGAGCUCAGAGGAGGAGGGUGAUGUGAUAGAAAAAGCGGAACUAGAAGGAACAGAAGAUGAUGAGGUCUUGAAAUUUAAAACAGAGGAGGUGAAACCAACUAAACCAACGACCGCAGCGCCCCUACCAGCCUCUGCCUCUGAGCAGUUCUCCUUCAUCCAAGACGAGACCAUCCCUGGUUACUCAGAGACGGAGCAGACGAUUUCCGAUGAGGAAAUCCAUGAGGAAACUGAAGACAAGAUUCCACAACUGCGCUAUGAUGUGGGCUCCUACGACAUUUCUGUUCCAGAUGUUCCUGGUACGUUUGAAUCCAUGCAUGGUAUUAAAGAGAUGAAAAGCUCUGCAGUUUCUGAUGUUGCAGAUGUCAAACCUAAAGCUUUUGGUCAGGAACCUGAGCUUGCGCCAUACCCUGCCAUAAUUGCUGCUCCUCUUGCAGAAGAAGAGCAUAUCUCUUCUGCAACAUCUAUCACAGACUAUGACAGACUGUCAUCUUUCGCCACAUCUGUGGCUGAGGACCAAUCAAUUGCCUCGGUGACAGCACCUCAAACAGAAGACGUUGUGAGGAAUUCCCUCUUGUUGGACACCGUCAACAGCGCUCCAUCACGUGCGGAGGCUGCCCAAGGGAAAGACUAUCUCCAUUCAGCAGGCACCAUAUCCCCCACAUCCUCUCUGGAAGACGACAAGUGCUUUAAGUCUCCGUCCUCUGAUGAAUACCAGCCUAACAUUCCGGAGAUAGAGAGUGAUGCAAAGACCAAAACCGUCCAUGAAGAAGAAGAAGAUGAAGAAGAGGAGGAUGAGGACCAAACUCCAAAUGUUGACAUCCCUCUGGGUAAACUUCAAGAGGGCUAUGAACAAGCUGCCUCACUGAUGCACCAGGAGCAACAAAAAUAUCCCUCUACUGUCAUUCCUGCGCAGACUGUCAAGGAAGACCAGACUCUCCUCGGCACAGAAGCGUUUAAGACUGCUGCUGAUGUAAAGCCUAUCUCACCCCCUCCAUCUUUCUCCCCUGGGCUAGAAUCCCGAUCCAGGCAGGACAGUGAGGAGAGAUGCUUUAGUCCUGAUGACAGCACCAUGAAAUUGGCUUCACCCACACAAUCAGUGCCCACAAGCAGUGGUUACUCUCCAACAGAAGAAAAACCCUUUAAACCAGAGGAAAAAGAUGAAGCACUGCAUGCCAUUAAAGCUGACGCUCAGAAAACUGACCGAUCAGUCACCAUCUCAGACAAUACCUCCUUUAUUGGCUUACCAGGCGACAAGACGGCUUUCGAAGCAUCGGAGGAAUCUGAUGAGGACAGUGAGGAUGACUAUUACACCAAAAAGGAGUUAAAGCCCACUUUAAAAGCUAAACUCAUGGAAGCAAAAGAAGGUUGCUUUUUAGAUGACGACUUUUCAUUCGAGGGAAAACCUGCAAAGACAGAAUCAGAAGCUCUGAGUUCAGACAAGACGCAGGUGUCCUUUAGCACAACGGACAAACCCAAACCAAAAGUGAUGUUUUCUGAUGAAGAUGAAAAAGAUGAUGAUUUUCCAGGUGGGUUAGGUUCUAAAACCCUUUCAGAUGAAAAAGACAAAGGUGAGACAACAGAUGUUGAAAUUAAAGAGUCAGAGAAAAGUGUCCAUUUCAGUCUUUAUGAAUAUCCAGAGAAAGAGAGCAGAGAGAGCAGAGAGAGAGCAGUGUACACAAGACAGGAUACACCAUAUGUUCACGGAAAAACAUUCUCUUAUGGUGAUAUUUACGACAGCAAAACAAGCUCAGAGGAGUCUGACUUGUAUCGAGAGGAGUCCCAAGAAAAGGUAGAAGAAAAACCUACAAAGGAUGAAGAAGAUUUGCACACACAUGAGCCUCCAUCACAGGACACAGUAUCGGACAAGGUUUUAGAGAAAGAACAAAGAGACUACUCCUCCUCUUCAUGGCUAGAGCCCAAGAGUACAUCUGUCACUGAUCAAUUUAAAACAGAUGUUAAAGAAAAAGAGACAUUUAUUUACAGUCAGACUAGUCGUUUCCCUUCAGUUGCUGACCGACCUGAAGCCUCGACCACACGUUUGUCGUCAGAAAAGGACCAAACUCUUGGCUCAACGCCCCCAACAUUCUCCUCAGUCAUUUCCAGCGUCCCUUCUGCAUCAGGCUACAGUGAGAAAGGGGCCUGCUUAGAGAUUGAUAUGCGAAAGCUAACAGCAAGAGAUGAGGAAGAUUAUGAUGAUGAAGUUAUCGAUGAUAACGAUGAGGAGGAAGAAGAUGAAGAGGAGGAGGAUGAAGAUGGCAUUGAUUCUGACAUGGAAAAAGGUGCCAAAGAGAAAUCUGAAAAGGAAGUACAAAGUCCAGUAAGUCAAAUGUUAGCCUCAAAGAGACCUGAGUUUAUGGUUUCUAUGGCAGGGUACGGUUACAACAGUCAGGGAAAGCUGAGCAUCACAGAAACCAGCUCAAGUUCAGUAACUAAAGCUGAAUAUCAAGCCCAGGCUGACUCCUCCUGUGUCAGUGAAAAGCCAGUGGAUGUAGGAGCUACCAAUUUAUCUAGUUACUCUUCAGGUUUUGAAGACCCAUACAGAACCGAUGAAAAAGAGUCAUUUCUGUCAAGUCAGAGUGGAGACAAAGAAAAAGAAGAUUUCUCUUCAAAAUCGAGAGUAGACAGUUACUACCAAAGCGAAACAGUUGAUACUGAAUUUGAGAAACAGAAGACACCAGAUAUUUUGAGUAAGAGCUCAUUGGAAGCAAACUUUCAGUACACAACCACAGCAGCUGCCCCUGGCUACUCCUCAUCUUCAGCCUACAGCUACUCCUCCUCCACCUCAGGCUCCCUCUCCACCAGCCGGCAGUUUGGAGAGGAGCUGGAGACACCUGCGUCCGCUGAACCUCUCUUUGAGUACUCCUCAUUUAAAGAUGAACACUCGCUUGUUAUGGAUUCUCCCUUCUCCAGUUCAGCUGGUGCCAAAGAUGAUUAUCUUGAGGUGUCUGAGAAGCAAAUCACUGUAGCAACAACGGCAGAGUCUAGUUCCAGUUUAGCUCGCUUCUCACCUCUUAGUCCUUUUGAGGAAGUCAAGUCCUUCCCAACGGCCUCAUCUGUCGCCGCUGUUCAAGAGAAGAAGGAACAUGUAACUCCAUUAUGUGGAGUCACUGAUAAAGGGCCUCAAGCUGACUGCUUCUUUAAACCUGAGUGGCCUGAAGAUACCAAGUUGGACACAGCUGCUGGGUUUGGGGCCUCAGCGGGUCCCUUUGCAGACUUGUCUAUGAAUAAAGAGGCCGCCAGUGCUGCUCUGUUUGGUGUCACUUCCUCUCCUCGGCCUGACAUUGAAGGAAAGCAUUACUUUGAAGAGACUGACAGCAGUGAAGAGGAGGAUGAGGAGACAUAUAUGCGUGAAAUGACUCAGAGGUCUCCUUCCAGUGCUCCUGCUGGUAGUCUCCCAUUUUGUGACAAGCCAGCUGCUCCAGCCUUCAGUGCAAAGACAAGUGAUGCACUUCCAGAUGUUCUUGGCUCUUACAUGUCCACACCUCUCCAGACAAGCAAGCCAGACACAACAAAUGGCCCAACAGAGGUAAGCACCAGGAGCCCCCUUCCUACUGGGGUAACAGGAGCUGGAGCACCUUCAGGCUCAGCCAGAGUGGAGUCUAGAGAGGGAGCAACAGGGUACGUCCGGAGUUCAUAUGAGUGGGAAAUGCCCAAGCCUCAGAUGGGGAUGGUACCUGGAGACUCCCCUCCUCAUUACCGCCAUGAUGACGAGUUUGAGGAGGAAUGUGAGAUGGAGCCGGAGCAUCCUCCUCGCCCACUUUCACUUGCUUCACCUGAUCAGCAGUUCCGCUCACCGUUCUAUGCAGAAGAGUGCAGCCGAGGCGAGCAGGAAGAUGAUGAUGAUGACAGUGAUCAGGAAUUACCCAUUGGAGCAACCUCUUCUUACACCAGCCGCACCUCUCCUGGAUACUCUUCCUCCGAAUUCAGGCAGCGCAAAGAAGACCUGUCACCGUCCUUCAUCAACCCCUGCAUGAGGCGGCUUUCCAGUGACGAGGACAAUGAGGAGGAAGGCUGCAGGAGCGAUCAGUCACAGGAAGGAGAUGAACAUGACCUGUCAGUCAAGAGGAGGGCUCACAAGCAACCCCAUACUCACCAGUCCCACAGCAGGGACAGUAGCUCUCUGCAUCAGUCUGGUGGUAUGCCUGCAGGGAUGUGUCUGGCCACAGAGGACACUCCGCCCACCUCUGUCAGCGAGUCUUUACCUUCUCAGUCAGAGUCAGAUCUGCAUCCUGGCACUGCAGAGUACCCAUCAAUUACAGGUGAAGGCAACAUGGACUCAGAUGAGGAUGGAGAAUACAUGCCGAUUGAUAAAUCUGCCACAGGGCGAGGUAGCCAUCAUUCUACCUCCAGGAGAAGCCAUGACCCUCCUCCUGCUCCCCUCCUGGACCGCUUCCCUCAUCCACCCCACCCAGAUGUCUGCAUGGUGGAUCCUGACUCUCUAGGCAAUGGCUCUCUGAAAAAGGAACCAAAAGCAAAAAGUCUGAAGAAGUCUUCAGGCAAAACAAAAUCAGCAUCUCCAGCAAGGCGUAAGAGGUCCCCAAUGCCUGUUAAACAGACGCCGUCACCUCGGAGUGCUUCGCUGAAGAAAAAGGACGCAGACAAAAGCUCACGCAUGUCUCGUCUAUCAGAUGGACAAGGCUCCAAGGACGACGACCUCUCAAGAUCAAGCUACAACCCCAGUAAAGGGCUGACAAACGGGGUCAAAACCAGCUCAGGUUCCCAGAAGUCCGGCACGGCGGCCGCUCCCGGCCUUCCAAUUUAUGUGGAUCUAGCCUACAUUCCCAACCACUGCAGUGCUAAGAACGUGGACCAGGAGUUUUUCAAACGCAUUCGCUCUGCGUACUAUGUAGUGAGCGGCAACGACGCUACAGGAGGCGAACCUGGCCGAGCGGUCCUUGAUGCUUUGCUGGAUGCCAAAGCUCAGUGGGGAUCAAACCUGCAGGUGACUCUGAUCCCAACCCACGACACAGAGGUGACGCGCGACUGGUACCAGCAGACCCAUGAGAGGCAGCAGGAGCUGAACAUCAUGGUUCUGGCCUCCAGCAGCACCGUCGUCAUGCAGGACGAAUCUUUUCCAGCCUGCAAGAUCGAGUUUUAGGAUCCCCUCCGCCUCUCCUCUCUCCAUAACCUCCCUGCUGUAGAUCUUUUCUGGUUCUUCUUUUCUGUAUCCUGAUAUGCAACCCGAUGUGUUUCUGCUCCGGUAGUUUAUGCCGCACAGCGAAGCAGAGGCAGAUCUGGAGAACUUUUAUUAGUGUUUUUGUUGAUUUUUAAGCUUGGUGUGACCAUCGCCAUUGGAGUCCUAAUGGUAUUUUUCAGCUAGUCGUCAUUUCCCUGUGGUUUAGUAAACAUCAUGAAUAUCUCUGCUAUGCCAUAGCCCUGAACGUUUUCACAUUUAAUCAUUUUACAACCACAAACUUCAAAGUGUUUUAUAGGAACUGAAAUAAUUUCAGAGUCUUUGCUUUUAUCUAAACCUUCCCAUAAGUUAUCGUUCUCAAGUCUUCUUGUCUUUAGCUCCAUCCAUUUUCCAAAUAACUCUGACCAGCUUCACUGUCCCUGCCGAAGAAAAGCACCCCACAGCAUGAUGCUGCCUUCACCAUUUUAGGUGAUUUAUCAGGGUAACUGGUUGCACUGGAUUUCAUUUUGGAGUUGCAGGGUGUUUUUGACUCCGUUCGAUUUGGACCAAAGUUGCAACAUUUUUUUUUCUCUCGCAUUUUCAGCCAUGUGCUAGACAACCAACAAAGAUUUUUAAAACUUAUUUUAACUUUUUUUUUUUUUUUUACCAGAAUAAAAAACCCAUUGAGAUUACAGGAAGGAAGCUUUGGCCAAGAGGCAGCAACAAGUACAACACAAAAAAAUAAACUGAAGAAAUGUCAAGGAAUGAAGGAAUUAAUAAAGAAUUUCUUUAAUAAAUUCAGGAGAACAUUUCAGCCUGGAGACCUAACAAACCAGCACCUUUCCCUGGGAAUUAAGAGUGUUUACACACCGGUAGUCUGGUAAACUCAGUUUGAUUGGGGACCAAAAUUGUAACAUUUGUUACAUUUUCUGCAUUAAAAGAAUUAAAACCCUUUGAAAAAACCUGUUGGGGGCGCUGCACCAAGAAUCACUGAAGAAAAUGACACAAAAACCUCAGAAGAAGACACUGAAUGCAACUUCCUUCUUCAUAUAAUAUAAACAAAAACGAAGCAGUGUCAGAUUUUAGCAGUUGUAGGAUUUCUAUUUUGUUGUUAGCAAAACACCAUCAGUCAUUUCUCCCGCUAGUACCAGACUAGCAUGUUUGUUUUGGUUGUAUUUACCCAGAAUGCCCUGCAGGGUAGUCUGUUCCCUGCCUUUCUGUUUGGCGUUCAGAUAUGCAUUCGAACUGAAGUGAGACUUUAGCUUUUAGGCGGAUCAGAGUUCACCAAUUUGGUCCAGAUCAGAGUUUGAUAAGACGGUUACGCCUCCCCAAAUGAUCCGGUCUUUCUCGACAUGCAGACUGGAGUUGGAUGAAACUCUAAAUUUCUAAAAGUUCAAAAUUCUCAACUUUUGAAACUCAUAACUUUCCAUGUUUUUAGAAUAUUUUUAAGAUUAAUCUCAAAAUUAGAUUUUUUUGUCUAGCAAAUUUUCAAAUUUUGAUGCUCAUAAAUAAAUUUAAAAAUCUGAAAAAUGUUUGAGAUUUUAUGGUGUAAAUGCACUUUUUUUUCUACCUAGAAUGGCCCUAAUAUGCCGUCAUCGAGAACACAUCCACUCCACACUUUCCAGAUUUUAUCCAUAAAGAAUUUUGAAACCCCAUCUAUCAUUUUCCUGCUACACCACAACGAUACACAACUUUGUUCUAAUCUAUCACAUAAACUCCAAAUAAAAUACAUUGAAGUUUGUGGUUGUACGAUGACAGAAGGUGGAAGAUUUUCAGGGAUAUGAAAACUUUUACAAGGCUGCUCCUUUAAACGGUUGCAGUAGAAGCACAAAUUUGAAGAAAUCAAAGCAGCAGUUCUCAAUUUUGUUUUAGCUAAUACCAGUCGUGACCUGACUUUUUCUGGCAGAGGAAUAUAGACAUGAAUUAAUUGAUCAAAUAAAUACAAGUCCUCUGAUUCCCGUUGCUUAAAAUGAGAUCCAGAACUACCUUUAAAUCCAGAAACAUAAAAAAAAUCUGAUUAGAUUGUCAUUUUUUGCUCUUUUCUGUUGAAACAGUAACAGUGUUUAGUUUUUGGCCUCCCGGUGACAUAAACGGAUAGAAAACUAGAUCCCAGCGCUCCUUUUAGACUAUAUUUGUUGUAGCAAUGGGAACAUAAUAAUCAAAAAUCUGUAUUGUAGUGAGCUCUGGUAUUUCUACUGUUCUCUCGACCAGUUAAAACCUUCCUGAUGGCUGUUUUUUCUUACGGUGAAGCUCUCCUUAGCCAUUUCUGUGGUCUUUGAUGUACUUUUCCAGUUAGCCAAUCGUCACGCAGAGAGCUGCAAGCGCUGAAAACAUGUUUAUAUCGUAACAUCCUGAAGCUCAGAGCUCAGAAAAAAAAGAGGCUUUUACAGAACAACGAGGACGUGUUGAAGAAGACGAUGGCUGUUUUGGUUGAUGGGAGACCGUCACCCCACAUGUGCCUUUCUGCGGUUCUGAACGAAAAACGGGCGGCGGAGGCCCAAGAUGUCGGUAUGAAAUGAGAGGGAAACACAGGGCCGGUCCAAGCCUUUCUGGGGCCCAAAGUAGAUUUUUUGUGGGCUCCCAAUACCAACAUGUCAACACCAGAUGCUUCAUUAUCUCUAUGCUGUUAUCAUUAGCAUUCUUUAUUAGCUUGCAUCAUAUCAGUGUUUUAUGGCUGUUGAUUCUAACGUUACAGAAGCAUCAAACUAAAAUAAAAAACAUUUAGAUUUUGAAAUGUAUAGUUGUACACUGCAAAAACAAAAAGUCGUACUACUUUUUGUCUGGUUUCUAAUACAGUUAUUUUAGUACACUUCAAAUAAGACAAAACUAACUAACAAGUAACUUUCUACAAAGAUAACUGAAUUUGAUUUGAUGGAAUCUACUAAAAGUACAAAUGAACUGCUAAUUGCUUCAGGAAUCAAUGUUGCAUAGCAAAAAUAAAAUCUUACCAAGUAAUUUUUUUUUAUUAAGUUUCUCCUGUAAAUAUCUUAGUACACUAACAUACAAGUAACAUUUCAGCAAGGAAUAGCAGUAAAUAGUAGUUUUCAUCACCAUUAAGGAAUUAUUGACUAAAACAUCCUCUUGUUACUUAUGAGUUAGUUUUUUCAAGUGUUUUAAAAUAACUGUAUUAGAAAAAAUACUAGUCAAGAUUUUGUGUUUUUGCAGUGUAUUUAAGUGCGUCAUAUUUUAGCUAUUUAAAAGUAACAUCAGCUGAUAAACACUAACAUUACAUUACAGUCAUUACAUUCAUUACAGUUGAUAUUAUAUUUUCCCAGCGGGCAGCAGAAAUAAACGGGAUGAUAUUAAUUAUUUAUGUAACAAAAAACAAUAUGGGAAAUUUUUUCUAUGUGUAAUAGAAUUUAGCUUGUGUUAUUUAAAAUGCAAUUUUAUUAAAUUAUGCUACCUUGGUGCUCUUAGGGCCCCCUGGUGGUGUGGGGGGCUCUAAGCAGCUGCUUAACUCUUGUAUGCCUUGGGCCGGCCCUGGUGAAACGGCACUUUUAAAGCACCGACUCAGAGUUCCAGCUGCCACUUAAAGAAGCACAAGGCAAACCAGUGAGCAAAGCUUCCCCCCUUUUUAUUUUAAAGUAACAUUUUAGACUUCAUUUGUUAAAUUUGAUGAAAUCCCAGUGAACCUCCAGCUAAUUUAUUUAAUUCCAGCUCAUCUGCUGAUGCAUGCACAGGAGCUGCAUGCGACGACAUGUAAACGAAAGGCGACUGUUUUUAAAAACUGCACCCGAUCGGCCUGAAUGUGAAGAUGCAGAUUAUACCUUUACGUUCUCCACGGAGGACUCGGAUCUCCUGGUUGCCUUGGUUACCAUGCAUCACAUGACACACAGGUUGUCUGCAACACCUGCGGAGAGACAUCAGUGUCAAUGCUUGUGCUUUCUGCUCAGAUUUUUAAAAAAGGGUCAAAGUUCACUUUACCUCACUCUUGCAUUCCUGUAACACUGUAACAAUCGGCUGAUCACUCAAAGCCCAAACUGCCAGACCUGAGGUGCUCUCUUCUCUUCACUCAUGCAAACACAUUUUUAUCAGUUAUUCACAUUUAUCGGCAUCCAGACACACCUGACUGCUGCAUUUAAAAGAAACAAAUCUGAGAUAAAUACCGCCCUCCGUUGGAUUGAGCCCGGCUUGUUUGUGCAUGCGUACCUUUUGAGUUCUCCUGUAUUGACAUGAAAACGACUCAUUAUUGAAAUGCUGUUUUACAUGAUGUGGUUUUGAGAAGCUGAAACUGUCCAGUUUGAAGGAGGAACAUGUAACCCGGCUUUGCUGUGCGGUAAAGAAAGCCUUGUGAGGGUUUUCCUCUCCUUCCUGCUUCUUCUUUCAUCUCUUAAUUUAAGUGCAAUAUUCUCUUUAUCUCUAUUUAAAUGCUUAUAAAAGGUCAAAUAGAAGUCAGAUUUAUUGUUGGGAGGGAUAAAAGUGUGUUGAAGACAAAUAAAAAUGUCAUUUACUGAAA